CGUUACCUGAUUCCAGCAUGGGUGCGAAGAAAUUGUGGGCAGCACUGAGUAUUCUGAGGAUCGUUUGGUGCCUUGUUCCACAGUCAGGGUACCUGCACCCAGAUGAAUUCUUCCAGUCACCAGAAGUCAUGGCAGGUGACAUUUUAGAUCUGGAUAUUGACCGCCCAUGGGAAUUCCUUCCAACCAACCCCUGCAGGACAGUAGUUUUCCCUCUAUUAACUUCUGGUACUGCCUUUGGGAUUGUAGGACUGCUACAUCAGAUGGUCUUUAAAACAACUUUGAAAUCUGGCUAUAUUCUCUUAGUUGCUCCCAGACUGUUCAUGACACUUCUUUCCUUCAUAUUGGACUAUACUGUGUAUCGUAUAGCACCCAUUUGGGGAUCAAACCGAUGGAUGUCAAUGAUUAUACUAGCUGAGUCUUAUGUCACUUUGAUUUUUUACACAAGGACAAUCAGCAAUGCUAUAGAGGGUAUUUUGUUUGCUGUAUUACUACUACUGACCUCACCUAAACAGUCCAAUACUGGGUCUAAAAAAGCAGGAUCUCAUCAUUAUAUUGGCAGCAUCUUGAUGGCUGGAUUUUUCAACAGACCCACUUUUGUUGGCUUUGCUUUUAUACCAAUACUUUACUGGGCUGGGAAGAGUAAUACAUCCCAGUUCUCCUGUAGAGUCUGUGUAACCAAUGUAGUAAAGCUGUUUUCUAGUUCAAUUUUCACAUCAAUCAUUUUUAUUACAGCUGACACAUUGUAUUAUAAAGGACAUUUCCUAUUUACCGUACAAAGUACAGAAACUCUACUUGACCAAAUAACCCAGAACAUUGUUUUAACUCCUCUUAACUUUCUGCGUUAUAACCUUAAUCCUCAAAAUCUUGCUCAACAUGGAUCUCAUCCUCUUGUUACUCACUUGGCUGUUAAUGGGAUAAUGCUUUUUGGCAUUCUUCAUGUGACAGUUUUGUUUUCUGGCAUAAAGGUGUUAAAAGAGCUUACCCUCAAAUCAUUCCAUAAGAACCAAGAAGAUAAAAACCAAAACAAACAGUAUAUUUCACAGCAAACUGGGUUACUGUUACUUUUAUAUUUUGUCCCACUUGCUCUUCUUUCAUUAUUCAGACAUCAAGAACCCAGAUUCCUGAUUCCACUGCUGUUACCAUUGGUCUUGUUGGUCCCCAGAUUGAAUAAAACAGUAAACAGAAAACGCGUAAUUGUAAUAUUUAACAUAAUUGGAGCUCUUUUCUUUGGGUGUGUGCACCAAGCUGGACUUAUUCCUAGUCUACUUCAUAUACAGCAAAUGGUGCACUCGACAGCCAACACUAGCGAAUCCCUAACCCACUACACUGUUCUCUUCACGCACACAUAUAUGCCUCCUAAAUAUAUUUUGUGCUUAAAAAAGGAACAAAAAUAUGUGAACAUUAUUGAUCUGGCUGGAUUUCCUGAAGAUCACCUGUGCCAAAAAAUUGGAGAGAUUAGAAGAGACCUGUCAGCCAAAAAUCCGAAACUACGGAGUCAUUUCAUGAUUGUGUUUCCUGGGACAAUACGUGGAGCUGUGGAAAACUGUGGUUUCUUUUUCAAAGAUAACAUUGCAUUUGCUCCACAUUUAUCUAUGGAAGAUCCACCCGAGAUAUCACACAUUUUCUCGGGUAACAUAAUGAGUCUGUUACGGUUACACGUUGCAGAGAUAGAUGUAUACACACCUGAUUAAUAAUUAUCCGGAAGAAAGCGUUCCUAUUUUAUAAAAGGAAACCGACUAAAACAACCGUUAAAUAUAAAGUAUAAGUGAGGACUUAAACUGUAGAAAAUUGGUAUCACAUUGAAGGUGGCAUCACCUGGUUUUACACAUCCGGCAGACUAUUUUUAAUACUUAAAUUCUUUUAUUAUAAUCAUAAGAGUUUAUAUUGACCUUUUCUUUGUUAUAGUAGUCUCUCCAUUUGGUUUGUUGAUCAAUUUUUCUGCAGGUUUGCUGUCAAACUAAAGGUGCAUGGUAUUUUAUAAUGCAUUUUUCACAUAUGUCCUUAAAUAAAAAAUGGCUUGUUUUCAAAAUGUGAUAUUUUCUGGAUUUAAUAUUUUCUCUGGCUGUAAUGUGCAGAUUAAUCAUUAUCCUACAGUGACAAGAAAAAAAGUAAAUGACCCCUUUAGAAUUCAUGCUUAAGUUUAUUGUAUGUUUAGGAAAGCAUAAAUGUGCUAAAUAAAUCUAUUGUUUUGGGAAAUAUUCUUCUCUUUCUGCAUGGGCACAGGUUGAAGCGUUGCACCAUUUAGACUAUAAUUGCUUCUAAAAAUAUACACCUUGUAUACUUUUUGGUGUACCAUUCUUACAAUUAAUACAUUAUCAUGUAUGAUAGCUUGAUACACUUGGGAAUUUAUUGUCCCCUCGAUGAUGGCAUGUUGCCCAGGCCCCGACGGAGCAAAGCAGCCCCAAAUCGUGGCACUCCCUUCACCGUACUUCGUGCAUUGGGAUGUUUUCAUGUUGGUAUGUAGUGCCCUUUUUAUGCCAUACGUAGUGCUGCCUGUUCUUCUACAACAAUUCAACCUUAGUUUCAUCAGUCCACAAAACAAGGAGUGUCAAGGUAGACUUGACAGAGAGGCUAACCAGUUCCAAUAGUUCCUUCUUUUAGCUGUUACUCCAGGGUUUUUUUUUUUUUAACCUCAUUAAGCAUUCUGCAUUGUGGCCUUGGGGUCAUCUUGGCUUGGAUCCUAAUUUUAGGGAGAGUAGCGGCAAUACUAAACAGUUU